AUGAGUAGGAAUAAUAAAAGGAACCUGCUGAGAAGCAUUUUCAGAGCAAAUGGAGGGUGUGGCAAUUGUGGCAACCCGAAGCCCUUUGACAUAUACGACCCCACACCUAAGCCUAAAAUCUGCUGCCAUCCAAAUCCAGAUCCUCCGACCACCGUAACUUCAUCGGCAUCCAUUCCCCAGUCGGUCUCGGCGGAGGAUUCCAUGAGCGGGAAACUGAGCGGCAGCGUCGUGGUGGAGAUGAAGUCGGAAAACCCAUAUAAUGACUUCAAGGACUCCAUCAUCCAAAUGAUAAUGGAGAGAGAGAUUUACUCAGCGAGUGAGGUGGGAGAGCUUCUCCAGUGGUUUCUUAAGCUCAAUUUGCCAUGUCAUCACCAACUCAUCCUCAGGGCUUUCGCCGAUAUCUGCCAACAGGCUUCGCCUCCCUCAUGA